AUGCCUCCUCGACGAGAUGCACAACCUCAAACCAACGAAGAAAUCGCAGCCCUUGUCACUCAGCAGAUGGCUGCUGUACUUCCGAACAUAGUAACUCAGGUUCAUCAGAUAUACAACAACAAUAACAACAACAACGCCCAGUGUAAUUUCCAGACCUUUAAUUCAGCCAAACCGCUAAAAUUUUCUGGGUCUGAAGGAGCAACCGUUCUCUUACAAUGCUUUGAAAGUAUAGAAAGCACAUUCCGCCAUAUUCAAUGUCCUAAUGAGCGCAAGAUAUAUUUUGCUUCGAGUAUCUUUCAAAGGAGAGCACUCACUUGGUGGAAUGGUAUUAUGAGAGACCGAGGUGCCGAUGUAGCAAUGGAAUUAACAUGGGAAGAUCUUAAAGAUCUUAUGAAGAAAGAAUUCUGCCCACGAAGCGAAAUGCGGGCACUUGAAGAUGAGUUCUAUUAUCUAAAACUGGAUAGUGAGGAAAACCGUGCCUACACUGACCGAUUUGAACAGUUAAGCCUACUUUGCCCCACUAUGGUCACACCUUUGGAUCGGGCCAUUGAGAAAUACAUCGAUGGUUUACCUGACCCUGUGUCACAGCCUCCGAUCCCACCCUCGAAGCAAGAGCCGUGA